GACUCUUGGGGCCUGCCAAUUCUCAAAAUGUCCACAGGGUCCUCCAUUCUCUGGCUGGUGAUUGAUCUGGGGCUGCUGUAUCUGACUCCUGUUGCAUCUCAGUAUGUGGUGAACGCCAUCCUGGGCCAGGAAGCUAUACUGCCCUGUGAGUAUUUGGGUUGGUCCCAGAGAAACAGCAUGUGCUGGGGCAGAGGCCCAUGUCCCAACUCCAAGUGCAAUGACCAGCUGGUCCUCACUGAUGGCAUGAAGACACUCUCUAGGAAGUCAGACAGAUACAGCCUGCGGGAGAAUAUCCAGGAAGGCAACUUGACCCUGACCAUCUCCAGCUCGGAGGAAGGUGACAGUGGCGUGUACUGCUGCCGCAUUGAGGUGCCUGGCUGGUUCAAUGAUGUGAAGAACAACAUCCACCUGAAGGUGAUAAGAGACCCAACAGUCCCUCCAACAUCCGGCCUCCCCAUCACUACCACCACCACUACCACGGCCAGGACAACUCCAACGAUAACCUCGGCUAUGCUCUCAACCACUGAGGUGACCACCUUGGACCUCACAACCAGAACCCUGUUGCAGGCAACCACAACUAGCUUCAAAACAGUCACCACAUAUCCCCCAAUGCCAACCUGCCAUCCUGAGGUGACCACAGUCUUGAUUAGUGAGGAGUCCACUGACGAAGGCGCGACCACUGCAGGACCAGAGACUUCUCCUCUCAGCAGCUCCCAGAGAAACAGAGAGGAGGGGGCUUCUGGGGCCCUGACCCCACCUAUGUCCCCAGGGUCCAAAGCUUGGGCUCUCCAACCCACAUCUACCGCAGGGGUAUGGGAAACGAGCAGCCCGGUGACUCUCCCUCAGUGGCAAGCAUCUGAGACAGCAAUUCUUGUAUUCAGUGAAGUUGAAUCAAAACAGGAGAAAAUGCCUGACAGCUGGGACCUACUGGUGAUCAUUGCCCCCUCUAUGGGAUUCCUGCUGUUGGCAGUGCUGGUGGGGCUUUUCCUCCGAGGAAGCAUCAGAAGGACCUAUGGUUUCCAGAAACACACAAGGCUCUCCAGCAGCGGCGGAGACAUUAAGAAUGUUCUAAGCGACAUGCCACAGGGGAGGGAAGAAGAAGAUGGCCUGUUCACGCUCUGAUACCCCCCUUUCCUUGAGGAUGCAGGGAGGGGCAUGCCAGCGGAUUGUCCCAAUGAGUCUUCAGGGCACCUUUGUUUGUUAUUUUAAAGCCCCACUCCUUUCCUUGGUGUUAGGGAUCCAGUUUUGCGGUAGCUUCACUCUCAAGAGGACUGCUGUGGCAACAUCUUCGUUGGCUCCUCUGGGAGAGAUUAAAUGAUCACCACUGGA